GUUUUUUUUUGUGUAGUUAUAUAAUAAAGGACUUUGUAUUGCAUCGAAACGUAAAGUGUUCUUAUCUGUUGUUAUUAAUUAAAAAAUCUGACUUGCUCCAUUGCUGGAUAUAUUCGACAACGGGGUGUCUUAAUCCCAAAACGGGUGGAUAAGUAACUCUUUGUACAUCUCGUUGACAAAAACUCAAAAAACAUUUAUCUGAUAGAAUUGAAAUAAAAUACCAUAUUUUCUGUUUGACUCUCAAAAAUAUAUUAUAUAAAAAAUUACUUUAAAUGUGAGCAGUCGUGUUACAACUAUUAUAAUAAAAAAAUACAUUUACGUAAUGUGUUACGGUGUCAUUGACUUGAUGGAGUCCUUGGCGUCGCAUUAUUUGUAAAGGAAUGAAGUCCUGACUUGUCAUUCUUGAAGAACUGGAUAUAAGGUGUGGACAGUUGGACUCAUGACGCAGUUGACUUGGAUACACAGCAGUGAAAAUAAUUUUAAGUAGAAUGGUCAAAUAUGUAUCCUUGUGCUUCUUCGCCGUUUUCACUGCAGCAGUUUCAAAUUUACCCAAGGCAGCCAGUAUUCAAAAGCAAAUUAAAAAAAACGUAUAUAACAAUAAUGAAUCCGGCGCCUAUAGUUUUGAGUAUGUCAUAUCUGAUGGCACAUUUAGAAAGGAGGAUGGAGGUCUGAUUAAUAACAAAGGAGCGCUUAAUUUGGUGGUACGAGGUGAGUAUGGAUACAUAGAUCCUGAAGGACAUCAUCAUUACACCAAAUAUAUAGCAGACACCAACGGCUUCCAAGCUCUAAGCGAUUACAACGAUGUCAGGUUUAAUGAUAGGCGAAUUGUAUAAAUUAAUUAUAUUAAUAUAAACCAAUUUUUUUUUUAUUUAA